AUGGCUGAAGAAAUCGCCUUCAGUAUCGCAGAACAAGUAAUAACAAAGUUGGGGUCACUUGCUUUCCAAGAAAUUGAAUUGAUAAGUGGUGCCAAAGAUGAUAUGAAGAAGCUUGAAAAUUCUCUCUCCACUAUCAAAGCGGUAUGCAACCUUUUUUCUUCCUCAAAUCAAAUUCGCUUUCGAUCAAAGCUGGGCCAUAGAGUUCGGGACAUUAGACAGAAGCCAAACGAGGCGGAAAAUGAAAUUUCUAGCCUCCAUUUAAUGAAGAAAGAAAUAGUAACAGAUGUGAGAGAUAAAAGUAGUGGAAGGGAGACAUCCUCUGUACUGAAACCUGAUAUGAUAGGAAGGGAAAAAGAUAAGGAAAAAAUGAUUGAGUCAUUGUUGAAUCCAACUAGUAGUCAAGGAAAUGUUUCUGUGAAUGCAAUUGUUGGUAUUGGGGGCUUAGGGAAGACUGCACUUGCCCAGUUGGUGUAUAAUGAUGAAAAAGUUAAAAAUUACUUUGAAAGGAAGAUGUGGCAAUGUAUUUCUGAGGAAUUUGAUGUGAAAUUGCUUGUUAAGAAGAUCCUUGAAUGUGCAACUAAUAAUGAGGUGCCUAAUUUAUUAGGAUUAGAACAAUUGCAUAUUCGCCUUAAAGAGAAUUUAGAAGGGAAGAGGUAUUUGUUGGUGUUAGAUGAUGUAUGGAAUGAAGAUCAGAAAAAAUGGGAUGAUUUGAUAGCCUACUUGUUGAUGGGUGCCCCAGGGAGUAAAAUUUUGGUCACCAUUCGUAGCACAAGAGUUGCAUUAGUCAUGGGUGUGGAUUCCCCAUAUGUUUUGCAAGGUCUAGCAGACAAUGAGGCUUGGGAUUUAUUUGAAAAAUUAGCAUUUGGAGGGGGGCAUGGUGCAGUGAUGAAUCCUAACCUAAUAAAAAUUGGAAAAGAGAUGGUAAAGAAAUGUAAAGGAGUUCCACUUGCAAUAAGGAGUUUAGGAAGCCUCAUGCAUUUGAAAACUAAAGAGAGUGAGUGGUCUUCCAUUUUAGAAAGUGAAUUAUGGAGGUCAUUUCAAACAAGUGAGAAUGAGAAUGCGCUCUCUGUGCUGAAGUUGAGUUACUGUCACAUGCCCACUUAUUUAAGGCAAUGUUUCAGUUAUUGUGCAAUGUUUCCCAAAGGUCACGAAUUUGAUAAAGAAACAUUAAUUCGUUUGUGGAUAGCACAAGGAUACAUUGUUUGUUCAAGUAAGGAUGACGAUUUAGAGGAUAUUGGAGAUCAGUGCUUCAAUGAAUUAUUAUGUCGAUCAUUCUUCCAUCAGUCAAAAAGUAUGGAUGGUUAUAAAAUGCAUGAUCUUAUCCAUGAUCUAGCACAAUCAAUAGCAAAGGAUAGGUACUUUGCAGUAGAGAAUGUUUGCGAAGGAAUCCAUCAUGUAUAUUGGCCAUCUUCUUUGAAUGAAAUUGAGAUGCUGGUUAAAAUUAAGGGCAUGAGGACAUUAUUUUUUGAACGUUUUCCUGAGAGUGUAACGUUAAAAAAGGGUUUAAAUAUGAUCUUUUCAAAUUUUCAAAAGUUACGUUCCUUGCAUUUAGGAGGGUAUAUAUUUGAAAAUAAGAUCUUUUCAAAUUUUCAAAAGUUACAAGCCUUACAAGCCUUGAAAUUAAAAAGGUUGCAUGCCUUGAAUUUAAAAGGGGACUAUAUCGUUUCAAAUUUUCAAGAGUUGCGUGCCUCGCACUUAGGUGGGGAUAUAAUUGAAAAUAAGAUCUUUUCAAAUUUUCAAAAAUUACAAGCCUUAGAAGCCUUGGAAUUAAAAAGGUUGCAUGCCUUGCAUUUGGAAGGGGAUUUCGGGACGGAUAUUAUUGAAGUGCCAAAUUCAAUAACAAAAUUGAAGUAUUUGAGAUAUCUUGACAUCUCUGGGCUUGACAUGGAAACACUCCCAAAGUCCAUAACUAAUUUGCAAAACUUGCAAACUCUAAUACUCUCAUAUUGUAUAUAUCUUCAAGAGUUGCCCAGAGACAUAGAAAAACUGAUCAGCCUUAGGUGCCUCAUGAUUGAUGGAUGUGGAAAGCUAAGAUGCAUGCCAAUUGGAUUGGGGAAAUUAACUUGUUUGCGCCAACUGUCAGAUUUUGUGGUGGCAAGGGAUGAAGAGUCCAACCAAGUGAAUUUAAGGGAAAAGAAACACCUCCAGUAUUUGGAGUUAUGUUGGAGAAAUACUUAUCUUUAUGAGGGCCCUAUUGAUAAUACUGAAGUUGAAAAGGAUGAAUUAUUGUUAGAAAAGCUUGAGCCUCAUCCAAAUUUACAAUCCUUGGUUGUGGAAUCUUUCAAGGGUGUGAGAUUUUCAAGUUGGUUGUCUUCUAUCACAAAUUUAGUACAUAUUACCCUUAGGGGUUGUCUAAAAUUGAAGCAGCUUCCACCAUUGGACCAACUCCCUUAUCUAAAAACCCUUCGUCUCGAAGACCUUCAUUCUCUAGUGUAUAUAUCAGAUAAGGAGCCUUCCUUUUUGGCAUCGCCAUCAUUUACAUCUUACCCAUCGCUGCAAGAGAUUGAACUCAGAAAUUGUUUUAAUUUGAGAGGAUGGUGGAGGAAGAAGAAAAGAAGUGGGGUUGAACUUGCUCAAUUUCCUUGUCUUUCAAAAAUGCAAAUCUGGGGCUGCUACAAGCUUAUUCUAGAUGAUGGUGAAGCCAUUGAAUGGGGAGGUCUCAGGAGUCUUCAAUCUCUUUCUUUUAGAUUUCUGUCAGAAUUGAAAUCUCUACCAAAGGGGCUUCAAUUUGCUACAAACCUGCAAGAGCUCAUCAUCAAUCAUUGUGAUAGUUUGAUGGCUUUACCAGAUUGGAUAGGCAACCUCACAUCCCUUCAACGGCUAGAAAUUUCCUACUGCCCUGAUUUGACAAUGCUGCCUGAGGGGAUGCAUUUACUGACUUCUUUACAGAAGUUGACGAUUCACAGAUGCCUCAAGUUGUCUGCAAGAUGUAUGAAGGAAAAGGGUGUGGAUUGGCCAAAGAUUGCUCACAUCCCUAAUCUCGAGAUUCAACGUCCAGGAUUGUCUCUAGACUAUAACUUGUUUCAUGGCCCCGUCCCUGCUUCUUUAGGAAACUUACAAAACUUAACUGGUGUAAACCUUUCGGGGAACCAACUGAACGGGACUCUUCCUGAUAGUUUUGGCCAGCUUUCUCAGCUAUCUGCCUUGGAUGUUUCCCUUUAUAAUCUGAUAGGUUCAAUCUCUGAAGUGCAUUUCUCAAAGCUUAAUAAAUUGAAGUUCUUGGGAUUGAGCUCCAAUUCAUUCUUUUCCAAUGUCAGUUCCAAUUGGGUACCUCCAUUCCAGGUCCAGGAUCUUGAAGUAGUUACAUGGCCAGCUAAAAAAUCCUUUGACUGUAGUUCCUUGAGCUCCAACUUUCUAGAAGGACCAACUCCCCUUUCCACUUUUGAGAUUGAGUUGCUAGAACUCUCCAACAAUCGUUUUUCAGGUCCUAUUCUAGAAAAACUUGCUCAAUCCAUGCCAAACUUGGUCUUCCUCUCUCUUUCAGGUAACCAAUUGACUGGAGAUAUCCCUGUCUCUAUAGAAGCUAUGGUGUCCCUUGUGGUCCUUGAUCUUUCAGUGUGA